AUGGGGAUACAUGGCUUGCUACAGUUUAUCAAAGAAGCUUCUGAACCCAUCCACGUGAGGAAGUAUAAAGGGCAGGUAGUAGCUGUGGAUACGUAUUGCUGGCUUCACAAAGGAGCUAUUGCUUGUGCUGAAAAACUAGCCAAAGGUGAACCUACCGAUAGGUAUGUAGGAUUUUGUAUGAAAUUUGUAAAUAUGUUGCUAUCUCAUGGGAUCAAGCCUAUUCUCGUAUUUGAUGGAUGUACUUUACCUUCUAAAAAGGAAGUAGAGAGAUCUAGAAGAGAAAGGCGACAAGCCAAUCUUCUUAAGGGAAAGCAGCUUCUUCGUGAGGGGAAAGUCUCGGAGGCCCGAGAGUGUUUCACCCGGUCUAUCAAUAUCACACACGCUAUGGCCCACAAAGUAAUUAAAGCUGCCCGGUCUCAGGGAGUAGAUUGCCUCGUGGCUCCAUAUGAAGCUGAUGCGCAGCUGGCCUACCUCAACAAAGCGGGAAUUGUACAAGCUAUAAUUACAGAGGACUCGGAUCUCCUAGCUUUUGGCUGUAAAAAGGUGAUUUUAAAGAUGGAUCAGUUUGGAAAUGGACUUGAAGUUGAUCAGGCUCGGCUAGGAAUGUGCAGACAGCUUGGGGAUGUAUUCACUGAAGAGAAAUUUCGUUACAUGUGUAUUCUUUCAGGCUGUGACUACCUCUCAUCACUGCGUGGGAUUGGAUUAGCAAAGGCAUGCAAAGUCCUAAAACUAGCCAAUAAUCCAGAUAUAGUAAAGGUUAUCAAGAAAAUUGGGCAUUAUCUCAAGAUGAAUAUCACAGUACCAGAGGAUUACAUCAAAGGAUUUAUUCGAGCCAACAAUACCUUCCUCUAUCAGCUAGUUUUUGAUCCCAUCAAAAGGAAACUUGUUCCUCUGAAUGCCUACGAAGAUGACGUUGAUCCUGAAACACUAAGCUACGCUGGGCAAUAUGUGGAUGAUUCCAUAGCUCUUCAAAUAGCACUUGGAAAUAAAGAUGUAAAUACUUUUGAACAGAUCGAUGACUACAAUCCAGACACUGCUAUGCCUGCCCAUUCAAGAAGUCAUAGUUGGGAUGACAAAACAUGUCAAAAACCAGCUAAUGUUCAUAGCAUUUGGCAUAAGAAUUAUUGUCCUAGACCAGAGUUGGGUGUUGUUUCCAAGGCUACACGAUUGAAGCAGAAUCCAAGUACUGUGGGAGUUGAACGAGUGAUUAGUACUAAUGGGUUAAAUCUUCCAAGGAAAUCAUCCAUUAUGAAAAGACCAAGAAGUGAAGAGCUGUCAGAAGAUGAUCUGCUGAGUCAGUAUUCUCUUUCAUUUACGAAGAAGACCAAGAAACAUAGCUGUGAGGGUAAUAAAUUGUUGAGCUCUUCGGAAGUGUUUGUGCCUGACCUGGCAGAUGGACCUGCUAACAAAGAGAGCUUAAGCACUCCACCUAGGACAAGAAAUAAAUUUGCAGCAUUUUUACAGAGGAAAAAUGAAGAAAGUGGUGCCGUUGUGGUUCCAGGGACCAGAAGCAGGUUUUUUUGCAGUUCUCCAGAUUCUAUUGACUGUGUAUCAAACAAAGUGAGCAGCCUCCCUCUGGAUGAAACUGCUGUCACAGAUAAAGAAAACAGUUUGCAUGAAUCAAAUUAUCGAGACCAGGAAGGCAAGAGGCAGAUUGACACAAAUGUAACACACAAUUCAAGUGAUGACAUUCCAAGUGAUCAUAUUCCGAGUGAUCAUACUCCAGACAAGGCAACAGUGCUUACAGAUGAAGAGUCCCCCUCUUUUAAGAGCAGCAGAUUCACAAGGACCAUUUCACCACCCACUUUGGGAACACUAAGAAGUUGUUUUAGUUGGACUGGAGGUCUUGGAGGUUUUUCAAGAACACCGAGCCCCUCUCUGAGCACAGCACUGCAGCGGUUUCGAAGAAAGAGCGACUCCCCCACCUCUCUGCCUGAGAAUAAUAUGUCUGACGUGCCUCAGUUAAAGAGCGAUGAGUCCAGUGAUGAUGAGUCCCAUCCCUCACGAGAAGGGGCAUGUUCUUCGCAGUCCCAGCAAAGUGGAGAAUUAUCACUGCAGAGUUCAAACACAUCAAAGCUUUCUCAGUCCUCUAGUAAGGACUCUGAUUCAGAGGAAUCUGAUUGCAAUAUGAAGUUAUUUGACAGUCAAGGUGACCAGACUUCCAAGCUACAUUUAUCUCAUUUCUCAAAAAAAGACACCCUUCUAAGGAACAAGGUUCCUGGGCUAUAUAAGUCUAGUUCUGCAGACUCUCUUUCUGCAACCAAGAUCAAACCUCUAGGACCUGCCAGAGCCAGUGGGCUGAGCAAGAAGCCAGCAAGCAUCCAGAAGAGAAAGCAUCAUAAUGCCGAGAACAAGCCGGGAUUACAGAUAAAACUCAAUGAGCUCUGGAAAAAUUUUGGAUUUAAAAAAGAUUCCGAAAAGCUUCCUUCUUCUAAGAAGCCCCUGUCCCCGGUCAGAGAUAACAUCCAACUAACUCCAGAAGCGGAAGAGGAUAUAUUUAACAAACCUGAAUGUGUACGUGUUCAAAGAGCAAUAUUCCAGUAAAUGCAGACUGCUGUGAAACUUUUGCCUGUCAGAGAAUCUUAUCAAUUUGAAGUCCCUGUUUGGGAAUGAGGCACUUAUCAGCCUGAAGGAUUUUUCCUUAGUUCUGUGCCAUUUUAAAAAUAGAAUACAUUUUGUAUUAUUAACUUU